AUGAAAAGUACUACCACUAACAUCAAUUCAAUUAUGGCUGGAUCUAGAGAAGAGUUGGCUGCACAGUUGGCCAAACUGAACUUGGAGACACCAGAGUACAUCGAAGGUUCUUACCCCGAAUACAACGUAGUCGACCUUUGCAGAAAUUUCAUCGCUGGUCAACUCACCAAACUCACUGGUGUCGAUAAGAAGAUAGCAUAUGAGAGCUUGGAAUGGUCCAUCGUCCUGGAAAAGGGAGAUUUGCUUGUGCCAUUACCUCGGCUUAGAUUAAAGGGAGAUUUGGUUCAAAUGGCCGGGGAUAUUGCCGGAAAAUUUGAACUAGGUGGAUAUCUUGACCGUGUCGUUCCUGUUGGAAAAUUCUUGCAGUUUUUCUUUAGCCCUAAGUUCCUUUUGAAUACGGUGACUCCUGAUGUUUUGAAGCGCGGCUCUGAAUACGGCUCUGCACCUCUCGGUAAAAAUAAAACUGUUCUAGUUGAGUUUUCAUCUCCAAACAUCGCCAAACCAUUCCAUGCUGGUCAUUUACGUUCUACCAUUAUCGGUGGUUUCUUAUCCAAUUUAUAUGAGAAACUUGGAUGGAAAGUGAUUCGUAUGAAUUAUAUUGGUGACUGGGGUAAGCAAUUCGGUGUUCUUGCUCUUGGAUUCAAAAAAUAUGGCUCCGACAAGGAGUUAGCUGAGAACCCAAUUCAGCAUUUGUUUCAUGUUUACGUGAGGAUUAACCAGGACAUUUCUGCUGAGAAAGAGGAGGCCGAGAAGACCGGCAUUCCACUUGAUGAAAAUACGUGUACUGACGGGCAGGCAAGGGCCUUCUUCAGGAAGAUGGAAGAAGGAGAUGAAAAAGCUUUGUUUUUAUGGAGGAAAUUCCGUGAUCUUUCGAUCAAGCGUUACGUUGAUACGUAUGCCCGUUUGAAUAUCAAAUACGAUGUGUAUUCUGGAGAAUCACAAGUUUCUCAGAUGACCAUUGCUGAUGUCACAGAGAAAUUGAAAGAGAAGGAAUUAAUCAUAGAGGAUAAAGGUGCAUGGCUCGUGGAUUUCAAAAAACUUGGCCAUAAGAAGUUGGGUAAGGUGUUGGUUCAGAAGAGUGACGGUACCUCGUUGUAUGUUACCCGUGAUUUGGGUGCUGCAAUUGAGAGAAAGAACGCCUACAAAUUUGACAAGAUGAUCUACGUGAUUGCCUCUCAACAAGAUCUUCAUACAAAGCAGUUUUUCACCAUCCUAGAUAUGAUGGGAAACAAAUGGGCCAAAGAUUUGGUUCACGUUAGCUUUGGUAUGGUGUUGGGCAUGUCUACCAGAAAGGGUACUGUUGUGUUCCUAGACGAUAUCUUGGAAAAUGUUCAGGAGAAAAUGCUGGAGAUUAUGCAACAAAACAAAGAGAAGUUUGCCCAGGUAGACGAUCCAAAGAAGGUGGCAGACCAAGUUGGUAUUUCUGCCGUGAUGAUCCAGGAUAUGCAAGCUAAGCGUGUUAACAACUACGAGUUUGGCUGGGAUCGAAUGCUUUCUUCUGAAGGUGACACUGGUCCAUACUUGCAAUACGCACACUCUAGAUUGAGAUCUAUCGAAAGAAACUGUCAAGUUCGUCCAGAGGAGCUUUUAACUGCCAAUAUGUCAAUGGAUAAUUUAUGCGGUAAUGAAGAGGAGAUCAGGAAACUUAAUUUGUCAGAGGAAGAAGAAGAGAAGCAGUUAAGGAGCUUGAAGUUACGUGUGGAAAAGGCCACCGCUUUGAUCAGAAUUAUGGCCUCUUACCCAGAUACAUUGAGAUAUGCCUCUAAAAACUAUGAACCUUCUACGUUAGUGACAUACUUAUUCAAGCUUACGCACCAAUUCUCUUCUACUUACAAGUUCUUGAGAGUGAUGGGAGAACCAAAGGAGGUUCUUUUGGCCAGGUUGGCACUCUUCUCUGCUGUAAGACAAAUUCUUAACAACGGUUUGAGAGUGUUGUGUAUUACGCCAGUUGAUAGAAUGUAA